AUGGUCAAUCAGGACCAGAUCCAAUACUGCUUAGAGCUCGGAUGGAUCACAGUUGUCCCAAACCAUCGCCUUUGUCCCGGUGUCGACCUGCUUGAGGGUCCUAUUACCGACUGCAGAAACCUGCUAUCAUGGAUCUAUGACAAGGGUCUUGAGAAAGCGAUUGUUGAGAGCAGUCCACCAAAUACUGAUAUUAGAAUUGACUAUGAUCAUGUCUUUGCGUCUGGAACAUCUUCUGGCGGGCACCUAAGUUUAUGUCUUGGCUUUGACGUUCCACGUCCACCAGCGGCGAUCUUUGAUAUUUACGGACCCUGCUACUUCAACCAUCCUUUCUGGAAGUCUCAGAUUGCUACUUUGGCUUCCAAGAUCCCUAAGGGCUCAAGCUCCGAGUUCAAGAACCGAGUAUACCAGCAACGACCAAUUCCUAUAGAGGCAGGCUUUUCCCUGGAGGGUCAAGCGAAGGCUCAGGGGCCGGACUUUAGCGACCCUAGGCAGGCAUUUUGCUUGUCCAGUAUUGCUGAUGGCCGGCUUCUCGACGCGGUCUUUCCUUCGGGCGAUUGGAAAAAGGUCGAUCCACUGCUGAACAUCAGCCAAUCAUUCCCGCCUACAUUCAUUGUGCACGGCGAUGCAGAUACAAUGGUGCCACUUGAGCUGAGUCUCGAGCUCUACUCUGCCUUGAAGGAGUUUGGGGUAGAGUGUGGAAUGCGUGUCAUACCGGGCGAAGAACACACUUUUGCUGCUGGGAUGAAGAAAGGGUCGGAAACAUGGAACUUGCACCUCGAAGGAUAUACAUUCUUAGAGAGUAUAAUUCAGAGGAAGUGA